UUUUUUUUUUUUUUUUUUAUCAUUACAAAUCAUUUCAUCAUUUUUUUAUUCAAUAUCAAAUUCAACCGAGGCUCUCUUCAAGUUGGAUUCAAUGCGCUUGAACAUCGUAUUAUACUUGCACCUCUAAUUCGAACCGGAGCAGGUGAUCAUGGCAUCACAAGGUCUCUUCAAGUAGAGUAUUUGAUAUACAGGUCAAGCCAUCCCAUCUGUCCUUCUUAUGCUUGUAUCUUCUAUUUCUAUUCCUAGUGAUGACAACAAGUUUCCUAUUCCCAAGGCACUGACUAUUCCUGAAAUCGAAAACAUUGUGAAUGAUUUUGCUACUGCUACCAGAAAUGCAAUGAAGGCUGGAUUUGAUGCAAUCAACGUAUCGAUAUCUAUGGACGAUCUAUUGAAAACGAAACAAGAUUUACAUUACAAAUUCUCGAUCCUGUGGUUGCCGCGAUUGAUCCUGAAUAAACUGCUGGUUACUCAUUUGAUCCGAAAAUUGCCUUUGAUGUCACGGAAAAAUCCUUUAGAAAUUUAGUUACUUUUGGUAGAUCUUUCAAUCAGCAAUCCUGAUACCGUCAAUAGAUUUACGCAAUGAUGGGUCUUUGAAUCCUUAUCAUCGCAAAACUUUUUACACUCAUGAUUCUGUUGGGUACAUUAAUUAUCUUCUCUAUGGUCAAGAUAGACGGUCUU